CCUUUUUCCACACAUAAUUUCUUCUUCUUCUUCUUUUUCUUUCUCUUUUCUUUGCUUUCAUAUACCUUACCAUUUCCUAAACUUCUGUUAUGAAGUUCUCUAGUCUAGCUCGUCUGUCUACUUCAGCAGCACUCCUUCUCCAAUUAGGCACCUUCGUUCAAGCCAGUCCUUUCUUUCAACCAAACCAUGCAAAUGAUGUUGCUGAUGUCGAUCCUUGUGCAGGAUUCCGAAUCACCUUCCCAACAUCAACAGAUCUUGUCUUUGAAGACAACUCUAAACAUGUUGUCGCAUGGCAAGCACCCGGAUCCCUUGAAAAUAUAGACAUUUCUCUUGUAACAGACGAAUCAAACGAAUUUGUACAAGAAAUUGGCUCCUAUGCUGCAGAACGUGGUGCGUCGGACGAGAAAGCUUUGAGUCUGGGUGACCACCCUACUGGCAAGUACCACUACAAACUUGUGGCCAACUCCGAAGCUUCUACUUGUGAACUUUCUUCGGCUGCUUUCACAGUCAACAAACGUUCAGUGGCUGCUACUGAAGAAUCUCACGAGAAUGCAAUCGAAAACGAUAAGAACUGGACAGAAAUGCUUGACAAGGUCGAUGAUUAUGUUGAAACCAACGGUUCUGACAGCUCGUCCGAAAACCACACUAAUGCUGGGACCAAUCCUUACUUUACCAACGAGGAUCACCGUAACAACCAUCUCAACAGUGACAUUGAUCAACUCCAGUCUGAGAAACACGCCAACAGUCCCUUCUUCACCAACGAAGACCAGCGCACACACAAAAAUGAAGCCCACUGGAAUGCCGAAGGUGGAAACUACUUCACCAACGAAGACAGCCGUACUUCUGUCCACGAAGAUUCCCAAGCUGAUUGGGUUGAACAAACCCCUGACCAUACUGACGACAGUCAGGGCCACUGGAACUCGGAAGAAAUCGAUGUCGAGACUGUUGCCCACCAAGACGCUGCCAACUGGGAGUCUCUAGAUGACGAUCUGGUUGCUGAUCACAGUGACCAGGGCCACUGGAACUCUGAGAUUAUCGAGGAUGUCAAUGCUCCUACCAACGAUUACGAAACUCUUGAUGAUUCUCAUACCAACGGUGCUCACUGGAACGGUGAUGGCCAGGACGUGACUGAAUCUCAUUGGGAUUCCGAAGAGAUCGAUGUAGAGCCCGAGUUUAUCGAAAGUCACCAAAACUUUAUAGAAGGCGAAUGGCAAUCUGAUGACGCUAAUAUCCCUGACCACUCUAACGAAGGUCAUUGGGACUCUGAAGAAAUUGAUGCCGAGAUCCAUAACUUUACUCCUCAUGAAGAUGGAAUUUGGGUCGAAGAAGGUGCCGAUGCUUAUGACAACGAGCACGGUGACAACCAGGGCCACUGGAACUCAGAAGAAAUCGAUGUCGAGACUGUUGCCCACCAAGACGCUGCCAACUGGGAAUCUCUGGAUGAUGAUCUGGUUGCUGAUCACAGUGACCAGGGCCACUGGAACUCUGAGAUUAUCGAGGAUGUCAAUGCUCCUACCAAAGAUUACGAAACUCUUGAUAACGAUUCCCACACCAACGGUGCUCACUGGAAUGGCGAUGGCCAGGACUUGGCCGAGUCCCACUGGGAUUCUGAAGAAAUCAAUGUUGAGCCCAAAUUUGUUGAAACACACCAAGACUUUGUAGAAGGCGAAUGGCAAUCUGAUGAUUCCAAUAUCCCUGACCACUCUAACGAAGGACACUGGAACUCUGAAGAGAUUGAUGCCGAGAUUCAUAACUUUACUCCUCAUGAAGACGGAACCUGGGUCGAGGAUGCCGACUCUUAUGACUAUGAACACAGUGAUGAACAGCCUCACUGGAACUCUGAAGAUAUUGAUGUCGAGUCUGUUGACCAUCAAGAACCUACCAACUGGGAGUCUCUUGACGAUGUAGUUCCUGGUCACAGCGACCAGGGCCACUGGAACUCUGAAGAAAUCGAUGUCGAGACUGUUGCCCACCAAGACGCUGCUAGCUGGGAAUCUCUGGAUGACGAUUUAGUUGCUGACCAUAGUGAUCAGGGCCACUGGAACUCUGAAGUAGUUGAAGAUGUUAACGCUCCUACUAAGUCAUGGACUGAUGCUGACCACACCGAUUCUGUCGAAGCAAAUGGUAGUGGUUGGUCUGAAGACUCUGUAAGCCACAGCGAUGACCAAGGCCACUGGAACUCUGAAGAAAUUGAUGUUAUCGAGGAUGAACUUUCCAGCCUUCAUGAGAACUUGGUUGAAGGCGAGUGGCAAUCAAAUGACAAUAUCCCAGACCACUCCAACGAAGGUACCUGGCACACUGACUCCAUUGAUGUCGACGAAGCUACUCUGGCCGGCUGGUCUGAAGACACCAAGGACGAACAGCAGCACUCUGAUGCAACCCUUACUUCCGUAGUUGAGGAAUUGAGAAACACACAUCAGAACGGCGGUUGGUCUGAAGAUCACAUUAACGAUGCUGGUAACCAGCGCUCUGGUCGUGUAGAAUCAGGUUUUGCUGAUUCCAAACAUGAAAAUGUUCACGCCAACAGUGUUCCUGUCAUGACAGCAGAAGAAUUGAUGACCAACUGGUAGAUCGAAAUCUAGUCAACACAAUUACCAGAACAGCCAUAUUUGGUUUCUUCUUCCUCUCCCCUUGAGUUCUCCUCUCCUCUUUUUUUUUCUUGUUCCCCCUCCCUCCACCCCAACAUCAACAACAACAUCAACAUCAACCAAAAAAAAACAACUCUAUUUUUUAUUAUUAUAUUAUUUUCUGUUUUUUUUAUUAUCUCUUUAUUUUCAUACGCACAAAUCACAAAACCAACAAAGAAUGGGAUUUUUUGAUAAGCACA